AGUUUACUUUGAAAACUCUUGUUAUAGAUUAAAUCCCGUUACAGAGUUUUGAGCAGAUGGCAAGACUUAAUCUAUUUCUACUAAUUAUUUUAAUCCCACUUGCAUCAUGUGAGAUCACAGGGGGAAUGCUUUAUCCAAGAGAAUCCGAAUCAAGACAAAUACAAGACCUGAACGGUAUGUGGAACUUUCGCGCUGAUUUUUCUCCUGGAAGAAAUGAUGGUUUCUCCAACGAAUGGUGGAAAUUUCCCCUUAAAAAGACCGGUAAUGUUAUCCCAAUGCCUGUUCCUUCAAGUUUUAACGAUAUAACGACCGACUUUAAACUUCGAGAAUAUGUUGGCUGGGUUUGGUACGAUAGAGAAGUCUACGCAUCCUCCGAUUGGAGGAAUAAAAGAGUUGUUUUAAGAAUAGAUAGCGCACACUAUUUCACUCAAGUAUGGUUAAAUGGAGUAGAAGUUAUGAGUCACGUGGGUGGUCACCUACCGUUUGAAGCUAAAGUAAACGAUGCUUUGAAAUUUGGUCAAAUUAAUUUAUUAACGGUUGCUGUAAAUAAUACUCUAAGUCCAUUAACUCUUCCGCCCGGUACGGUUCACUAUGCAAAUGAUCCGAAAAGCUAUCCACCAGGAUAUUUUACAAUGACCGGUCAAUUUGAUUUCUUUAAUUACGCUGGUAUACACCGUUCAGUAAGACUCUACACAACCCCAACAGUCUACGUUGACGACAUUACAAUUAUAACUAAAAAUGCUUCUAGGAGUCAAGUUGCUCAAAGCGAUAGGUUGGUUAACUCUAUUACAAUAUCUAAUCCAACGUUAUGGCGGCCUUAUUCGGAAGACCUUAAAAAUCCAGGUUAUCAAUAUACACUUAAAGUGGAAUUAAGAAAUUCUAUGAAUGGAGAAAUUGAUGUUUAUCGUCAAAAAUUCGGUAUUAGAACUAUUCGUUGGACAGAUACUCAGUUGUUGAUUAAUGACAAACCGUUCUAUUGUCAUGGCGUCGCUAAGCACGAAGAUUCCGACAUUAGGGGAAAAGGUCUCGACUAUCCCCUUAUAGCUAGGGAUUUCAAUAUGCUGAAUUGGUUAGGCGCCAAUUGCUUUAGAACUUCUCAUUAUCCGUACGCCGAAGAAAUUAUGGAUCAAGCCGACGCCCAAGGUGUUGUUGUUUUCGACGAAAGCCCAGGUGUUGGCAUUAGUAAGACUAAUAUGGGACCAGAAAAUCUUAAACACCAUCUUGACGUUAUGAAAGAAUUGGUAAGAAGAGAUAAAAAUCGUCCUUCCGUUAUUAUAUGGUCGGUCGCCAACGAACCACAAAGCAAUUAUGACGAGGCUAGAGAUUAUUUCAAAUCCGUUAUUGAUUUUACCCGCAAACUAGACCCAACUAGACCUAUUUCCUUUGCAGAUGCUCAAAACUAUGAUACUUGUAAAGCCGCUCAAUUCGUCGAUAUUAUAUUUGUUAAUCGCUAUUAUUCAUGGUAUAGCGAUAUGGGUCAUACGGAGGUAGUCGCCUAUCAAUUACCGGAGAAUCUAAAUGGAUGGCAUAACAAAUUCAAAAAGCCCGUUAUCAUUACAGAAUACGGAGCAGAUACUAUUUCCGGAUUGCAUACUGAGCCGGCUAAUCCUUUUUCGGAAGAAUAUCAGGCAAAGAUGCUCGAAAGCUAUCAUAAAGUCUUUGAUGAUUUGAAGAAAAAGUUUCUAGUAGGUGAAAUGGUUUGGAAUUUUGCCGACUUUAUGACAGAUUAUGCCGUCAAUAGAGUUAACGGUAAUAAAAAAGGACUUUUAACGAGGCAACGGCAACCGAAGGCAGCCGCUCAUAGGAUCCGAGAAAGAUAUUGGAGAAUUAUCAACGCAAAUAAUUCGACUCUCUUCCGAUAUGAUUCCCAAGCAAGGAGGCGUUCAUUUAUAAAAUUAUGA